UAUUGGUCAGCAACCGCCCGUUUGUAGAAACACUUCCUGCUAAACUUCAUGGCAGAGAAGGACGUCAUAAAGUGAUAGCAGCGUUUCUGAUGUGGAGCAGACUGUUGAGUCGUCGUGUGAUUGGUAGAACAGCCAACUGCUGGAGGAGUCUGUCCACCAUGCAGCUGAAGACCAGUGAGUUCCGCUCUCUGUUCAGUGAUGGACUGACUGAACUAGCAGAGGUGUUUGAGAAGCACCAGCAUGAGCUGAGGAUAGCUGGAGGCGCUGUACGAGACCUUCUGUCUGGGAAGCGCCCUGAAGAUGUGGACUUUGCCACCACAGCUACUCCAGAGGAGAUGAAGGACAUGUUCCAAAAAGCUGGCAUCAGGAUGAUCAACAAUAAAGGAGAGCAGCAUGGGACCAUUACAGCAAGACUACACAAUGAGAGCUUUGAGGUGACUACGCUGCGAGUAGAUUUUCAGACAGAUGGACGUCAUGCAAAGGUGAAAUUCACCACUGACUGGCAGAAAGACUCUGAGCGGAGAGACCUCACCAUCAAUUCCAUGUUUUUAGGGCUUGAUGGCAUGUUAUAUGACUAUUUCAAAGGAUACGAAGACCUGCAGAACCACAAAGUUCGGUUUGUUGGCAGUGCUGAUCAAAGAAUCCAAGAGGACUACUUAAGAAUACUGCGCUAUUUCAGGUUCUACGGCAGGGUGGCUCUGGAGCCCGACAGUCACGAGCCUGAGACGCUGGUUGCUAUUCGGGAAAACGGUCGUGGACUUGCAGGUAUAUCAGGAGAACGGAUUUGGGUGGAACUAAAGAAGAUGGUUGUAAAUAACCAUGGUGCUCAUCUGAUGGAGCUGGUGUACAGUCUGGAACUGGCCCAGUACAUAGGUCUGCCUCCAGAUGGCAAUGUUGAGGAAGUAAAGCGAGUGUGGCAGAUCACCAAAGACCACUCUCCCAAACCCAUGACCAUCCUGGCUGCUCUCUUCCGCCGCCCAGAGGAGGUAGAAAAGAUGGACAUCCGGCUGAAGGUGUCCAGGGAAGAGAAGACUCUCGCUCUGUUCCUGGUCAAAAACAGACGGGAGCUCUGCAAGAGCAAAGACGAGCCGGACAGCCUCAAACCCUUCACUGACUUUAUCAUUGACAGUCGGGAGCUGGAUACCCAGAGUAAAGUGUGUGAGCUACUGAAGUAUCAAGGUGAGGAGAAGCUGCUGGCAGAGCUGAGCAGGUGGUCCGUUCCUCGCUUCCCCAUCAGCGGUCACGACCUCAGAAGGAUGGGGAUCACGUCAGGCAAGGAGAUAGGCACCACCUUACAGAAGCUUCGCGACAUCUGGAAGAAAAGUGUUUAUCAGAUGGAGAAAGAUGAACUCCUCAGUUACGUGAAGUUGUGAAUGAGGAGAAAAGUGGACCAUAAUGGUCUGGACGCCUGCGUCUGUAAUUGUGCUGCUCACAGGUAUCGAUUGAGCAGACAGCACAUUGUUUGAGAAAGGACACACUCAACUCACACAGAGACGAGCACAGCUGCUGGUGCAUGCUAUUUCAUUCUAAGUUAGCACAGUUGUUCUCCUGCUUCAACAUAAUAAAGAGACAACCUGCUCUCAGCAUCACAGCUGGCACAAUAUGAGAAGAUGUGUACUAGGAAAUGACAGCUGAUUUGAUUUAAUAUUACAAAGCUCUGUGAAUUCCUUUUGAUAAACAGCUGUUAAACUGAUGCUCUGUUACUAUAGAAAAGUAAUCAUUUCAUUGUUAAAACUAUUGAAAAGCAGUGUUUGCUUUCCUUUUUUUUUUUUUUCU